UUUUAUGUCCAUGCUUCAUUUUUUUUUAACAAUAUUUUUUAUUUUCUGAUGGGGUGGUGCUACUAUUUAUAUUCAAGGUAUGCAUGAUGAGCUAUUUUAGCUUAUUCAAGUUCCAACCAUGGUGGUUCCUGUUUUGCAGGGAACAAUAAUGAGAUGGAUGUUCAUUCAAGAAGUGAUGAUGAUGAUGCUAGUGUGGUCAACGACAACCAGCAGAUAAUUGAAGGUGUUUCUUCUUCUGCAAUCCAUAGCUUUUUCUGGUGUUGAAGUUUAAAGCAGGGAAGGUGAUUGAUAAAAGGUCCAAAUCAAAAAUCAAAAUCACAAUGACAGUUGAGAGAAGGUUUGUUUUGGUUGGGAUUAGAAUAGAUAGCCAUAGCAGACAUCUCCUCAACUGGGCACUUUUUAAAGUUGCUGAACCUGGGGAUUGUGUUAUUGCACUCCACAUAGUAAAAAAUCCAGCUUAUGUUUCCAAAAAUCAGACUUUGAUAGAUGGAUACUUAGAGGUUUAUGAAGGACUAUGUGAUGUGAGGAAGGUAGGACUCACUGGUCAAAUCCUGACAGGAAGUUCAAUCAAAGACAUUCUUGUUAGAGAAGCAAAAAACCAUUCUGCUGUGGCUCUUGUGGUAGGGGGCCGAGCUGCCACAGCUAAAUAUUGUGCCAAACGACUUCCAACUACUACCAAUGUUCUAGCCAUUCAAGAUUCAAGAAUUGUCUUCAGAAGGUGCACCAAUAAAGAACUACCACUAUCAGGUGGUUUGCUAGUGGAUCCAAGACCAAGCUUAAGCAUAGAAAGCAUGAGUGAUAGAGUAGUUCAGUCAGAAUUUGGUGACUCUGAGUUGGAGAUUGAGAAAUCAAGCCAUUGGGGUACCAGGGAAUCAAAGCAAGAAUCGUUAAGCGGAACAGGGAAGUUCAAGACAAGGUCAUUAUCUAUGUUUUCAGGUGAUCCUGCUGAGCAGAAGCUUGGAUGGCCUCUGCUCCUCAGAGCCAAUUCAGAAAUCUCACAAAACCUUCAUGCAAGGGACAUGUCGGUAGUGAAAUGGGUGAUGAGAUUUCCGGAUCGUUCGCCACAUGGAAGUCCUCACUCUUCCAUCGAGGAGGGAAACCUGUCUGAAAGAGGCAUAAGUGAUUUCGAGGAUGAGAGCUCUAAAAAUGGUUCACCUCUAUCUUCUCAGCUACCAAAGGGAAUAGAAGGGAUGCUUAACCUCAAUUCACUCAAUUGCAAAUGGUUCAGCCUUGAAGUUCUGAAGUCUUGCACUAGCCAAUUUUCUUCAGAAAACUUGAUUGGGAAAGGAGGGUGCAAUCGUGUUUACAGAGGAACUCUCCCUGAUGGAAAGCCAAUUGCAGUUAAAGUUUUGCAGUCAUCAAAAGAAGCACGGAAAGAGUUUGCCCUUGAGGUGGAAAUAAUAUUAUCACUGGAGCACAGAAACAUCACUCCUCUGCUUGGAAUUUGCAUUGAGGACAGUGAGUUAAUCUCUGUUUAUGAUUAUUUCCCCAAAGGGAGCUUAGAGGAAAAUUUACAUGGAAGGAACAAGGAUGGUCCCAUCUUAUCAUGGGAAUUAAGAUUUAAAAUAGCUCUUGGAAUAGCUGAAGCCUUGGAUUACCUGCACAGGGAAACUCUGAAGCCUGUAAUACAUAGAGAUGUCAAGUCCUCAAACAUUCUUCUUUCCCAUGAAUUUGAACCACAGUUAUCUGAUUUUGGGCUUGCAAUAUGGGGACCAACAACUACAUCUUUUCUGACAGAAGAAGAUGUUGUAGGAACAUUUGGUUAUCUUGCUCCUGAGUACUUCAUGUAUGGAAAAGUCAGUGACAAGAUAGAUGUUUAUGCCUUUGGUAUAGUGCUACUUGAACUCAUAUCAGGGAGGGAACCUAUCAAUCCUGAACCUUGCAAAGGACAGGAAAGCUUGGUGGUGUGGGCAAAACCAAUCCUCGAGAGGGGGGAUAUAAAGGGCCUAUUGGACCCAAGUUUAGAAGGGAAGUUUGAUGAGGUCCAAUUACAAAGAAUGGUUCUGGCAGCAUCUCUUUGCAUUACAAGGGCUGCAAGGCUUCGUCCUAAAAUGAACCAGAUACUAAAGAUCCUAAAAGGAGACAAGAAAGUUGAAGGUGUCCAUAACUUGCAAGGGAAUGAUAAUAAUGAUGAACAUUCAGAAAAUCAAGAAAACAUUGAUGAUGAGGUCUACCCUUGCUCAAGUACAGAGUUACACCUUAGUCUUGCAUUACUUGGUGUUGACGAUGACACUACAUCAUUUAACAGUAGUGAACAUCCAAAAGAACAAUGGAGCAGGUCAUCAAGUUUUGAUUAGUUUCUUUAUCAAUUGUAUGAGUGUAUAGUUUUUUUCUUAAUUAGAAAACAAAAUAAAAUAAAUAAAUGAAUAAAUAAAAGAGCUGCACCCAUUGCUGAGGUGGUUUGUUGAUUUA